AUGUCAUCUAGAAUGUUAAGUCUAUACAAACUAAACCCAGUCGGUCAUUUUAACUUCUUUUUCAAGAAUACGAAGAAAGGAUUUCGUAUAGACCAGAAUUUUAUCAAUAAUCAACACUUAACAUCACCUCAUAGAAGACUCCUAAUAAGUUCAAAGCGUAAUUCGGGGAGAAAUGAUGUGUCGGCAAAUCAAGAAACCAAUUCCAUCCUAGGUAACGUAGCAACGAAGGUGUUGAACUGUCAAGAUCCGGAUGCUGAACUGUCUCAAAAGAUUUCAUAUGACAAAGUUCCUUUCAAAGUAGUUCCAAAGGGAUCUACACGGCCACUAUCCAAUAAAAAUACUACAAUCAAACCGAAGAGUGAGUUGAGCACAUUAAUCAGCCCGUACCUAAAGUUGACCAAACCUAAUUUGACUGUGCUUGUAACAUUGAGUUCCAUUUGCUCGUAUGCUAUAUCACCUUUUACAGUUUCAUUGCAUGAAUUGUUAUUCUUGACUAUGGGAACUGCUCUUUGCUCCGGAGCCGCGAAUGCUAUAAACAUGGGACGAGAACCGGAAUUUGAUAGAAAGAUGCCCAGAACGGUUGGUAGACCUGUUGUACGGGGCUUGAUAUCGCCACAGCAAGCUUAUAGGUUUGCGGGUGUUACAGGUUCGUUAGGUUGUACCAUGCUUUACUUGGGGGUAAACCCUACAGUAUCGAUGUUGGGAUUUUUAAAUAUCGUCCUAUACGCAUGGAUCUAUACAUCGCUCAAAAGAAAAUCAAUCAUUAAUACUUGGGUGGGAGCUAUCGUUGGAGCAAUACCACCAUUGAUGGGCUGGGCAGCUGCUUCUCCACUUAAUCACCCGGCAGCUUGGUGCCUAGCGGGUUUGCUUUAUGCCUGGCAAUUUCCACACUUCAACGCGUUAUCUCAUAAUAUUGCUGAUCAAUACAAGCAAGCAGGUUAUGUUAUGACUGCUGCGGAGAAUCCAAAACUAAAUGCUAGGGUUGCGUUGAGAUAUUCAUUGUUAAUGUUUCCAUUAUGUUUUGGUUUGACAUAUUACGGAAUUACUGACUGGGUUUUUCCUAUUGAUUCGGCAAUUGCAAAUGGGUGGUUGACUUAUUUAGCAUACCAAUUUUGGAGACAGCAGCAAAAGAAUUAUCGUGAUGGAGCAAAACCAACUGCCGAGGGAAUAGCAUUAGCUGGAGUUCAUGCUAAGCAAUUAUUUUGGUGUUCAGUGUGGCAUUUGCCAGCAGUACUUAUACUAGCUAUGCUUCACAAAAAAGGACAAUGGGAUAGGCUUUGGAUAUACUUGGGGUUCAGCACAGACUCCACUUCCAGUAAACCACUUUCAUCCUACUAG